AUGAAGUUAAUAGUUUUGUCUUUGGUUGUGGCACUUUGCAUCAUCUGCAAAGGUGUCACAAGUUCAUCAGACUACAGUACGUCUGGAUCACUCAGCACUCCAGAAAAAGGAUCCCAUAUUCCAGAAGCAACGCCGAAAUACUCAGAAACAAACGCAAUUAUUGGUGAAGCUUCUACUUGGGGCAAAGGAGCAUAUAAAGCUUUCAACGGUCGUGUUUUUUCCUUUGAGUCUUCAUGCACGUAUACUUUCUGCCGUCACUGUGUUGAAUCGGGAGGAGAUUUCAAUAUUGAGAUCAAACGAAACAAUGAUAGUGAGAUUGAAAAAAUAACAGUUAUAAUUGACAACAAUGAUGUCUCUAUCUUUGGUGAUAUACUUUUAGUUAAUGGUGAAAGUGUUCAGAUACCAUAUAACAAUAAGUUGAUUCACAUUAAAAAAUAUGGAGAACAUAAUGUUCUGAAUAGUCGAAGAGGAAUCCUGUCUUUAAUGUGGGACAAAAACAACAAACUCUCACUCACUCUUCACAAGCAGUAUCCAACUUGUGGUCUUUGUGGUAACUUCAACAGCACUCCAGGAGAUGAUAUCAGUGAGCACAUUGCCGAUAGUAAAAUUCCUGGUGAUUGUUCCAAAGCUGUUAGUAAAAACUAUGAAGUUUGUGAAGAUGGAGUACAGUACUGUAACAAAAUUAUUGGAACCUAUUUUGAGAAAUGUGGAAAGGUUAGCACUUUAUCCAGUGACUACAAAAUGAUCUGCAUUGAUGAGUACUGCCAAAGUAGAGACAAAACAUCCACAUGUGACACUUACUUAGAAUUGUCCCGCCUCUGUGCCUCAGAUGGUCCUGGCAUCUUUGAAUCCUGGAGAAAUGAUCCUGAUGUGGUUUGUGAAAAACCUAUUUGCCCAGAAAAGCAUAUCUACAAAGAAUGUGGUCCCUCAAAUCCUGCAACUUGUUCUAAUGUGGCUCCUUUUCAAGACAUUGAAUGUGUGAGUGGUUGCACCUGCCCAGAAGGUUAUCUAUUGGAUGAUAUUGGAGAGAAAGGGAGAUGUGUGUUGAAGUCUGACUGUCCCUGUGAAUCUGGUGGAAAGGUAUAUCAGUCAGGAGAAGUCCGCGAAGGUUCUUGUGGUUCUGUGUGCACAUGCCAAGAAGCAAAGUGGUCUUGCACUAAAACAUUAUGCCCUGGGAGAUGUAAGAUAGAAGGAAGUUUGAUUACCACCUUUGAUGGCGUUAAAUACAACCAUCCUGGAAACUGUCACUUUUUGGCCAUCCAUGAUAAAGAUUGGUCUAUUAGUGUUGAGCUUCGUCCAUGUCCAAGUGGUCAGUCAGGAACGUGCUUAAAUAGUGUGACACUCCUCUUGAAUUCGUCUGCUCAAGUUGACAAAUACGUGUUCAAUAGAGAUGGAACAGUCACAAGUGACAAGCUUGGAGAUCAAGGUUAUUAUUAUUCAGACCAAAUACAGAUCUUCAAUGCAUCUUCCUCAUACCUUCAAGCAGAAACAUACUUUCAUGGAAAAAUGCAAAUUCAAAUUUUUCCUGUGAUGCAAUUGUAUGUUUCUGUGCCACCCAACCAGUUCACAGAUACUGUAGGACUCUGUGGUUCCCACAACAACAGAGCAGAGGAUGAUUUCAUGUCAAGUCAGAACAUAUUAGAAAAGACCUCUCAGGCGUUUGCUAGUUCUUGGGAAAUGAUGCCCUGUCCUAAAGCUAGCACUGCUUCUUGCAUCAGUAUAGAAAAAGAACGGUUUGCUGAAAGACACUGUGGAAUUCUUCUUGAUUUGACUGGUCCUUUUGCUUCUUGCCAUUCAAUUGUGGACCCUAAACCAUAUCAUGAGGAAUGCAAAAAAUACACUUGUACUUGUGAAAAUAGCCAAGAUUGCCUGUGUACAAUUUUAGGCAACUACGUGAAAGCAUGUGCUGAGAAGGAAACUUCCAUGGUAGGAUGGAGAACUGGGCUAUGUGAUCAAUCUUGUCCUAGUGGCCUAGUUUUCAAGUACAAUGUAAAAACCUGCAAUAGUUCUUGCCGAUCAUUGUCAGAGAGAGAUAAGAGCUGUGAUAUGGAAGGCAUUCCAGUUGAUGGAUGCACUUGCCCUGAUGAAAUGUACAAGAAUAAUGAAGGAAAUUGUGUUUCAAAAUCUCAGUGUGACUGCUACAUAAAUGAUGAGGUCGUGCAACCAGGCAAACUCAUCCAUAUUGAUGACAACAAAUGUGUCUGCAGAGAUGGGAUUCUUCUUUGCCAGACUCCCAUUGAUUUAACACUACAGAAUUGUUCUGGAGGGGCUGAAUAUGUUGACUGUAGGAAUCCUAAGGCACAGAGGAGAGUUGAUACUACAUGUAGCACUCGGAACAUACCUACUUUUGAUGACAACUUGCCUUGCAAACGUGGUUGCUACUGUCCUGAAGGAAUGGUUCGAAAUUCUAAAGGGAACUGUGUCUUUCCUGAUGACUGCCCAUGCUCUUUUGGUGGACGAGAGUAUGACCAAGGAAGUUUCACCUCAGUCGGCUGCAACAAAUGUACUUGCAUAAAAGGAUCUUGGAACUGUACACAGAAUGAAUGUCAAACCACCUGUCAUAUCUAUGGGGACGGUCAUGUUAGAACUUUUGAUGGAAAAAGUUACAGCUUUGAUGGUCUCUGCCAGUAUGCACUUAUCGAGGAUUAUUGUGGUCGUGAAAAUGGCACAUUCCGUAUUUUAACUGAAAGCGUCCCAUGCUGUGAGGAUGGACUUACAUGCUCGAGAAAAAUUAUAGUUGCUUUUCAGGAUCAAAAUAUUGUCUUGCAUGAUGGUAAAGUCACAGCAGUCAAAACUACAGAAAGUAAGGAAUGUGAACUCAAUGGAAAUUCAUACUCUGUUCAUACUGUUGGCCUGUACUUGAUUCUGAAAUUUUUAAACGGAAUAACCGUAAUUUGGGACAAAAAUACAAGAAUUUCUGUUAUACUGGAUCCACGCUGGAAUGGUCAGGUGUGUGGUCUCUGUGGAAAUAACAAUGGCGAUCUGAAGGAUGAUUUCACCACAAGAUACUCAUCAGCAGCUGUUGGAACACUGGAAUUUGGAAAUAGUUGGAAAACAAGUCAAGAGUGUUCAGACACAGUUGCUCAAACCUUCCCAUGUGACUCAAAUCCAUACUGUAAAGCCUGGGCUGUGCGGAAGUGUGAGAUCAUUCGGGACAGCACCUUCAGAGAGUGUCACAAUAAGGUGGACCCCAGCGAGUACUAUGAUGCCUGUGUUGAGGAAGCCUGUGCCUGUGACAUGGAGGGGAAGUACCUGGGCUUCUGCACGGCGGUGGCAAUGUACGCAGAGGCGUGCAGCGCAGUUGGAGUCUGUGUCACAUGGAGAAAACCAGAUCUCUGUCCUGUCUACUGUGAUUAUUAUAAUGCACCUGGGGAAUUCAGCUGGCAUUAUGAACCCUGUGGCACAGUGACUGCCAAAACAUGCAAAGAUCGAGUAAUUGGCCAGAAAUUUUCUGCACUUUUAGAAGGCUGUUAUGCCAAAUGCCCGGACAGUGCUCCCUACCUGGAUGAGAACACUAUGAAGUGCGUCAGUUUGUCUGAGUGCAGCUGCUUCUAUAAUGAUAUCGUACCAGCCGGUGGAGUGAUUCAAGAUAACUGUGGGAGAACAUGCUAUUGCAUCGCAGGAGAAUUGGAAUGCAGUGCUGGGACACCUGGCGUCGGUUCCCAGCCAACGGCCACACCGUCGGGAGCUGCGAGGACGACUGCUGUCGGGUUCGGAACCAGCCUGCCUCCAGGUGAAACGUCGGAGAGCAGUUCGUCAGUGCCCGGAGGAUCAGAAACAAGUCAACCACCUGGUGUGGUCUCAGAGCCCACCACCCUUUUGCCUGGGGUGGCAAGCCCCAAGGCCACGGGAUCCGAGGCCAGUUCACCUUCAACUGCCGUGUCAGGGUUGCCUGGCUCCACACAAGGAGGAUUUGCAGCCACUGGAGGGAGUGGUGCAGGCUCAACGCCUACUGCCCCGUUAUCAGGAGAAAGAAGGGCCAGUGUUCUAUCAGAAACCCGCGUACCUCUAUCUGGAGCUCCGGGGACCCCUGGAUCAUCACCGGGAAGUCCGCAAGCAGCUGGAGCAGGUGGUGAAGGUUCAGCGACAGCUGCCCCAUUGGCUGGAGCCACAGGGCCAAGUGUUACCGGAUCAGGAGCCAGCACACCUUUAUCUGGAGCGCCUGGGACCCCUGCGUCAGCCAGCAUAAGCCCAGAAGCAAGGGCAAGACCCCCGGUCAGUUCCGAGUCAACGGUCACAUUGUCUGGAGCAACAGGGCCUAGUUUGCUAAGGUCUGGAACCAGUGUACCUUUAUCUGGAGGAGCAGUGACCCCUGGGUCAUCCCCAGGAGGGUCAGCAGCACCUGCAAGCCCUGGGGCAGGUUCAGGAACAACUGUCCAAUUCCCUGGAGCCAGAGGGACUGGUGUCACAGCAUCAGGAGCCAGCUUACCCUCAUCUGGAGCACCAGGGAGCCCUGGGUCAGCACCAGGAAGGUCAGGCGCAACUGCAGUAUCUGGUGAAGGUUCUCAGCCCACUGUCCCAUCAUCUGGAGCAACAGGGACUAAUGCUGGACAAUCAGGCGCCCGGUUCCCCUCAUCUGGAAUACCAGCCACAGCUGGAUCCACGACCGGAGGGUCAGCAGUAGCUGGGACACCUGGCGUCGGUUCCCAGCCAACGGCCACACCGUCGGGAGCUGCGAGGACGACUGCUGUCGGGUUCGGAACCAGCCUGCCUCCAGGUGAAACAUCGGAGAGCAGUUCGUCAGUGCCCGGAGGAUCAGAAACAAGUCAACCACCUGGUGUGGUCUCAGAGCCCACCACCCUUUUGCCUGGGGUGGCAAGCCCCAAGGCCACGGGAUCCGAGGCCAGUUCACCUUCAACUGCCGUGUCAGGGUUGCCUGGCUCCACACAAGGAGGAUUUGCAGCCACUGGAGGGAGUGGUGCAGGCUCAACGCCUACUGCCCCGUUAUCAGGAGAAAGAAGGGCCAGUGUUCUAUCAGGAACCCGCGUACCUCUAUCUGGAGCACCGGGGACCCCUGGAUCAUCACCGGGAAGUCCGCAAGCAGCUGGAGCAGGUGGUGAAGGUUCAGCGACAGCUGCCCCAUUGGCUGGAGCCACAGGGCCAAGUGUUACCGGAUCAGGAGCCAGCACACCUUUAUCUGGAGCGCCUGGGACCCCUGCGUCAGCCAGCAUAAGCCCAGAAGCAAGGGCAAGACCCCCGGUCAGUUCCGAGUCAACGGUCACAUUGUCUGGAGCAACAGGGCCUAGUUUGCUAAGGUCUGGAACCAGUGUACCUUUAUCUGGAGGAGCAGUGACCCCUGGGUCAUCCCCAGGAGGGUCAGCAGCACCUGCAAGCCCUGGGGCAGGUUCAGGAACAACUGUCCAAUUCCCUGGAGCCAGAGGGACUGGUGUCACAGCAUCAGGAGCCAGCUUACCCUCAUCUGGAGCACCAGGGAGCCCUGGGUCAGCACCAGGAAGGUCAGGCGCAACUGCAGUAUCUGGUGAAGGUUCUCAGCCCACUGUCCCAUCAUCUGGAGCAACAGGGACUAAUGCUGGACAAUCAGGCACCCGGUUCCCCUCAUCUGGAAUACCAGCCACAGCUGGAUCCACGACCGGAGGGUCAGCAGUAGCUGGGACACCUGGCGUCGGUUCCCAGCCAACGGCCACACCGUCGGGAGCUGCGAGGACGACUGCUGUCGGGUUCGGAACCAGCCUGCCUCCAGGUGAAACAUCGGAGAGCAGUUCGUCAGUGCCCGGAGGAUCAGAAACAAGUCAACCACCUGGUGUGGUCUCAGAGCCCACCACCCUUUUGCCUGGGGUGGCAAGCCCCAAGGCCACGGGAUCCGAGGCCAGUUCACCUUCAACUGCCGUGUCAGGGUUGCCUGGCUCCACACAAGGAGGAUUUGCAGCCACUGGAGGGAGUGGUGCAGGCUCAACGCCUACUGCCCCGUUAUCAGGAGAAAGAAGGGCCAGUGUUCUAUCAGGAACCCGCGUACCUCUAUCUGGAGCACCGGGGACCCCUGGAUCAUCACCGGGAAGUCCGCAAGCAGCUGGAGCAGGUGGUGAAGGUUCAGCGACAGCUGCCCCAUUGGCUGGAGCCACAGGGCCAAGUGUUACCGGAUCAGGAGCCAGCACACCUUUAUCUGGAGCGCCUGGGACCCCUGCGUCAGCCAGCAUAAGCCCAGAAGCAAGGGCAAGACCCCCGGUCAGUUCCGAGUCAACGGUCACAUUGUCUGGAGCAACAGGGCCUAGUUUGCUAAGGUCUGGAACCAGUGUACCUUUAUCUGGAGGAGCAGUGACCCCUGGGUCAUCCCCAGGAGGGUCAGCAGCACCUGCAAGCCCUGGGGCAGGUUCAGGAACAACUGUCCAAUUCCCUGGAGCCAGAGGGACUGGUGUCACAGCAUCAGGAGCCAGCUUACCCUCAUCUGGAGCACCAGGGAGCCCUGGGUCAGCACCAGGAAGGUCAGGCGCAACUGCAGUAUCUGGUGAAGGUUCUCAGCCCACUGUCCCAUCAUCUGGAGCAACAGGGACUAAUGCUGGACAAUCAGGCGCCUGGUUCCCCUCAUCUGGAAUACCAGCCACAGCUGGAUCCACGACCGGAGGGUCAGCAGUAGCUGGGACACCUGGCGUCGGUUCCCAGCCAACGGCCACACCGUCGGGAGCUGCGAGGACGACUGCUGUCGGGUUCGGAACCAGCCUGCCUCCAGGUGAAACAUCGGAGAGCACUUCGUCAGUGCCCGGAGGAUCAGAAACAAGUCAACCACCUGGUGUGGUCUCAGAGCCCACCACCCUUUUGCCUGGGGUGGCAAGCCCCAAGGCCACGGGAUCCGAGGCCAGUUCACCUUCAACUGCCGUGUCAGGGUUGCCUGGCUCCACACAAGGAGGAUUUGCAGCCACUGGAGGGAGUGGGCCAAGUGUUACCGGAUCAGGAGCCAGCACACCUUUAUCUGGAGCGCCUGGGACCCCUGCGUCAGCCAGCAUAAGCCCAGAAGCAAGGGCAAGACCCCCGGUCAGUUCCGAGUCAACGGUCACAUUGUCUGGAGCAACAGGGCCUAGUUUGCUAAGGUCUGGAACCAGUGUACCUUUAUCUGGAGGAGCAGUGACCCCUGGGUCAUCCCCAGGAGGGUCAGCAGCACCUGCAAGCCCUGGGGCAGGUUCAGGAACAACUGUCCAAUUCCCUGGAGCCAGAGGGACUGGUGUCACAGCAUCAGGAGCCAGCUUACCCUCAUCUGGAGCACCAGGGAGCCCUGGGUCAGCACCAGGAAGGUCAGGCGCAACUGCAGUAUCUGGUGAAGGUUCUCAGCCCACUGUCCCAUCAUCUGGAGCAACAGGGACUAAUGCUGGACAAUCAGGCGCCCGGUUCCCCUCAUCUGGAAUACCAGCCACAGCUGGAUCCACGACCGGAGGGUCAGCAGUAGCUGGGACACCUGGCGUCGGUUCCCAGCCAACGGCCACACCGUCGGGAGCUGCGAGGACGACUGCUGUCGGGUUCGGAACCAGCCUGCCUCCAGGUGAAACGUCGGAGAGCACUUCGUCAGUGCCCGGAGGAUCAGAAACAAGUCAACCACCUGGUGUGGUCUCAGAGCCCACCACCCUUUUGCCUGGGGUGGCAAGCCCCAAGGCCACGGGAUCCGAGGCCAGUUCACCUUCAACUGCCGUGUCAGGGUUGCCUGGCUCCACACAAGGAGGAUUUGCAGCCACUGGAGGGAGUGGUGCAGGCUCAACGCCUACUGCCCCGUUAUCAGGAGAAAGAAGGGCCAGUGUUCUAUCAGGAACCCGCGUACCUCUAUCUGGAGCACCGGGGACCCCUGGAUCAUCACCGGGAAGUCCGCAAGCAGCUGGAGCAGGUGGUGAAGGUUCAGCGACAGCUGCCCCAUUGGCUGGAGCCACAGGGCCAAGUGUUACCGGAUCAGGAGCCAGCACACCUUUAUCUGGAGCGCCUGGGACCCCUGCGUCAGCCAGCAUAAGCCCAGAAGCAAGGGCAAGACCCCCGGUCAGUUCCGAGUCAACGGUCACAUUGUCUGGAGCAACAGGGCCUAGUUUGCUAAGGUCUGGAACCAGUGUACCUUUAUCUGGAGGAGCAGUGACCCCUGGGUCAUCCCCAGGAGGGUCAGCAGCACCUGCAAGCCCUGGGGCAGGUUCAGGAACAACUGUCCAAUUCCCUGGAGCCAGAGGGACUGGUGGUGAAGGUUCAGCGACAGCUGCCCCAUUGGCUGGAGCCACAGGGCCAAGUGUUACCGGAUCAGGAGCCAGCACACCUUUAUCUGGAGCGCCUGGGACCCCUGCGUCAGCCAGCAUAAGCCCAGAAGCAAGGGCAAGACCCCCGGUCAGUUCCGAGUCAACGGUCACAUUGUCUGGAGCAACAGGGCCUAGUUUGCUAAGGUCUGGAACCAGUGUACCUUUAUCUGGAGGAGCAGUGACCCCUGGGUCAUCCCCAGGAGGGUCAGCAGCACCUGCAAGCCCUGGGGCAGGUUCAGGAACAACUGUCCAAUUCCCUGGAGCCAGAGGGACUGGUGUCACAGCAUCAGGAGCCAGCUUACCCUCAUCUGGAGCACCAGGGAGCCCUGGGUCAGCACCAGGAAGGUCAGGCGCAACUGCAGUAUCUGGUGAAGGUUCUCAGCCCACUGUCCCAUCAUCUGGAGCAACAGGGACUAAUGCUGGACAAUCAGGCACCCGGUUCCCCUCAUCUGGAAUACCAGCCACAGCUGGAUCCACGACCGGAGGGUCAGCAGUAGCUGGGACACCUGGCGUCGGUUCCCAGCCAACGGCCACACCGUCGGGAGCUGCGAGGACGACUGCUGUCGGGUUCGGAACCAGCCUGCCUCCAGGUGAAACGUCGGAGAGCAGUUCGUCAGUGCCCGGAGGAUCAGAAACAAGUCAACCACCUGGUGUGGUCUCAGAGCCCACCACCCUUUUGCCUGGGGUGGCAAGCCCCAAGGCCACGGGAUCCGAGGCCAGUUCACCUUCAACUGCCGUGUCAGGGUUGCCUGGCUCCACACAAGGAGGAUUUGCAGCCACUGGAGGGAGUGGUGCAGGCUCAACGCCUACUGCCCCGUUAUCAGGAGAAAGAAGGGCCAGUGUUCUAUCAGAAACCCGCGUACCUCUAUCUGGAGCUCCGGGGACCCCUGGAUCAUCACCGGGAAGUCCGCAAGCAGCUGGAGCAGGUGGUGAAGGUUCAGCGACAGCUGCCCCAUUGGCUGGAGCCACAGGGCCAAGUGUUACCGGAUCAGGAGCCAGCACACCUUUAUCUGGAGCGCCUGGGACCCCUGCGUCAGCCAGCAUAAGCCCAGAAGCAAGGGCAAGACCCCCGGUCAGUUCCGAGUCAACGGUCACAUUGUCUGGAGCAACAGGGCCUAGUUUGCUAAGGUCUGGAACCAGUGUACCUUUAUCUGGAGGAGCAGUGACCCCUGGGUCAUCCCCAGGAGGGUCAGCAGCACCUGCAAGCCCUGGGGCAGGUUCAGGAACAACUGUCCAAUUCCCUGGAGCCAGAGGGACUGGUGUCACAGCAUCAGGAGCCAGCUUACCCUCAUCUGGAGCACCAGGGAGCCCUGGGUCAGCACCAGGAAGGUCAGGCGCAACUGCAGUAUCUGGUGAAGGUUCUCAGCCCACUGUCCCAUCAUCUGGAGCAACAGGGACUAAUGCUGGACAAUCAGGCGCCCGGUUCCCCUCAUCUGGAAUACCAGCCACAGCUGGAUCCACGACCGGAGGGUCAGCAGUAGCUGGGACACCUGGCGUCGGUUCCCAGCCAACGGCCACACCGUCGGGAGCUGCGAGGACGACUGCUGUCGGGUUCGGAACCAGCCUGCCUCCAGGUGAAACAUCGGAGAGCAGUUCGUCAGUGCCCGGAGGAUCAGAAACAAGUCAACCACCUGGUGUGGUCUCAGAGCCCACCACCCUUUUGCCUGGGGUGGCAAGCCCCAAGGCCACGGGAUCCGAGGCCAGUUCACCUUCAACUGCCGUGUCAGGGUUGCCUGGCUCCACACAAGGAGGAUUUGCAGCCACUGGAGGGAGUGGUGCAGGCUCAACGCCUACUGCCCCGUUAUCAGGAGAAAGAAGGGCCAGUGUUCUAUCAGGAACCCGCGUACCUCUAUCUGGAGCACCGGGGACCCCUGGAUCAUCACCGGGAAGUCCGCAAGCAGCUGGAGCAGGUGGUGAAGGUUCAGCGACAGCUGCCCCAUUGGCUGGAGCCACAGGGCCAAGUGUUACCGGAUCAGGAGCCAGCACACCUUUAUCUGGAGCGCCUGGGACCCCUGCGUCAGCCAGCAUAAGCCCAGAAGCAAGGGCAAGACCCCCGGUCAGUUCCGAGUCAACGGUCACAUUGUCUGGAGCAACAGGGCCUAGUUUGCUAAGGUCUGGAACCAGUGUACCUUUAUCUGGAGGAGCAGUGACCCCUGGGUCAUCCCCAGGAGGGUCAGCAGCACCUGCAAGCCCUGGGGCAGGUUCAGGAACAACUGUCCAAUUCCCUGGAGCCAGAGGGACUGGUGGUGAAGGUUCAGCGACAGCUGCCCCAUUGGCUGGAGCCACAGGGCCAAGUGUUACCGGAUCAGGAGCCAGCACACCUUUAUCUGGAGCGCCUGGGACCCCUGCGUCAGCCAGCAUAAGCCCAGAAGCAAGGGCAAGACCCCCGGUCAGUUCCGAGUCAACGGUCACAUUGUCUGGAGCAACAGGGCCUAGUUUGCUAAGGUCUGGAACCAGUGUACCUUUAUCUGGAGGAGCAGUGACCCCUGGGUCAUCCCCAGGAGGGUCAGCAGCAGCUGCUAUCCCUGAGGUUGUUUCCAAAACAACUGUCCAUUUUUCUGGAGGAACUGGGACUAAUUUUAAAGGAGUAGAAAUAAAUGGUUCAUCACCUGAACGUUCGGAAAUACCUGGAUCAACACCUGGACUUAUGUUUACCUCUAAGACAUCUCUACUCAGUUCAUCAACAAAUGCCCCUUCAUCUGCAGUGAGUGGAGCAAGUAUAACAUCUGAUGUAUUUUCAGGUACAACUGGGUCAUCAUCUGGAAAAUCCAGUAGCAUUUUUAUAGGGUCCGCAUCAACUGUAUCAUUACCUCAACAAGUAGGGACAUCUGAGUCAACAGAUGGACUAGCAGGAGGUGGUAAAAUCUCUGUUGUAGAUUCUAGGACAAUCACUCCAUCGUAUGGCCCAUCAGGAGCAGCUGAAUCAUCCAUAUUUGAAAUAGGAACCACUUCCACAUAUUCUGAAGUUACAGGAACCAGUAGAUUCUUUCUUGUUGAUUUAGGGACAACUAGACCAUCAUCUGGAGAUACAGGGACCAGUGUUACUGAAUCUAGAACUAGUGCAUCAUCAGAUGAAGAAUCAGGGAAAACUGAAUCAACAGCUCGAUUAACAAGAACCACUAGGGUCUCACUUGUAGGUUCAGGAACAACUAGACCAUCAUCUGUAGAAACGAAGACCACAGUUAUUCAAACUAGAUUUAAUGGAUCAUCAGAUGAAGGAUCAGGAACUAUUGGGUCAGAAGCUGCACUGACAAGAACCACUAGAAUCUCUGUUGUAGUUUCAGGGACAACUGGACCAUCAUCUUUAGAAAUGGGAACCACUCUUACUGAAUCUAUGACUAGUGGAUCAUCUGGUGAAGGAUCAGGGACAACUGGAUCAACAGCUGGACUGACCAGAACCACUAGAAUCUCAGUUGUAGGUUCAGGGACAACUAGACCAUCAUCUGGAGAAAGAGGAACCACUGUUUUAAAAUCUGGAACUAGUGCAGCAUCAGGUGAAAGAUCAGGGACAACUGGAUUAACAGCUGGAUUGACCAGAACCACUAGACUGUUGGUUGCAGAUUCAGAGACAACUAGACCACCAUCUGGAGAUAUAGGGGCCACUGCUACUGAAUCUAGGACUAGAGGGUCAUCAGGUGAAGGAUCAGGGAAAACUGGAUCAACAACUGGACUUACCAGAACUACUAAGACAUCUAUUGUUGCUUCUGGGACAAAUGCACCAUCAUCUGCAGUGACAAGAACAAUAAUAUCUGGUGUAGCCUCAAGGACAACUGGACCAUCAUCUGGAGGAACAGGGACAACUCUUAUUGAGUCCAGAACUAGUGGAUCACCAAGUGAAGGAUUAGGGACAUCUGGGUCAACAGAUGGACUGACAAGAACCACUAGCAUCUCAGUUGUAGGUUCAGGGACAACUGAACUGUCAUCUGGAGAAACAGAAACCACUGUUACUGAAUCUAGGACUAAUGGAUCAUUAGGUGAAGGAUCAGGGAGAACUGGAUCAGCAGAUGGACUGACAAGAACCACUAGAAUCUCUGUAGUAGGCUCAGGAACAACUAGACCAUUAUCUGGAGAAACAAGGACCACUGUUAUUGAAUCAGGAACACGUAGAACAUCAGCUGAAGGAUCACAAACAACCGGAUCAGCAGGUGGAAUGAUAAUAGCUACUAGAAUAUCUAGUGUUCAUUUAGGAACAGCUGGUUCUUUACCUGGAGAAACAAGGACCACUGUUAUAGGAUCAGGAACAAGUGGAAAAUCAGGUGAAGUAUCAGGGAUAACUCGAUCACUUGAUGAACUGACUACAACCACUAGGUUUUCUAGUGUAGCUUCAGGAACAAGUGCACCAUCAUCUGGAAUGACAAGGGCAACUGUAACAUCUGGUGUAGCUUCAAGGACAAGUGAACUAUCAUCUGAAGAAAAAGGGACCAGUGUUACUGAAACAACCAGUGGAUCAUCAAUUGAAGGAUCACAGACAACUGGAACAGCAGGUAGACUGACAAUAACUUCCAGAACAUCUGUUGCAGUUUCAGGAACAGAUGCACCAUCAUCUGGAACAUCAGGGAUGAUUAGGUCAUCAACUGACCUGACUGGAACAACUAAAGUAUCUGUUGUAGAUGCAGGAACAAUAGAACCAUCAACUGUAGAAUCUUGGACAACUGAGCCCAGAGAUUUAGGUUCAUCAACCACUGUAUUUUCAGCCAGUGCUAUAGGAACCACUAGACCUAGAGCAUCAGGGGCAAGUAGACCAUCUGUUGUAGGUUCAGAGACAGCUGGUCCAUUAUCUGCCAAAAUAGAGACCACUGUUAUAAGAUCAGGAUCAAGUGGAUCUUCACUUGAAGGAAGAGGGACACCUGGAUCAACAGAUAGACUGACAGGAACCACUGCAAUCUCUUUUGUAGGCUUUGGAACAACUGGACCAUCAGCCAGAGGAUCAAGGCCAACUGGGAAAGGAGAUAUAAGAUCACCAACCACUGUAUCAUCAGUUGAUGCUACAGGGAACAUUAGAUCUGGAGGAUCAGGCACAACUGGACCAUCUAUUGUAGGUUCAGAGACAGUUGGACCACCAUCUGGAGAAGCAGGGACCACUGUUACAGGAUCAAGAACAAGUGGAAAAUCGGCUGAAAGAUUAGGGACAACUGUAUCAACAGAUGGAUUGAGAAGAACCACUAGAAUCUCUCUUGUAGGUUUAGGCACUACUGGACCAUCAUCUGGGGUGAUGUGGACAACACAAACAUCUAUUGUAGGUUUAGAGACAACUAGAUCAUCAACUGGAGUAUUAGCGACAACUAGACCAUCACCUGGAGGAUUAUGGACAACUGGGACAUCAGUUGAAGGAUCUGAGACAACUGGGUCAUCAACUGAGGCCACAACUUUAAUAGCAAGCAACAGCACAUCUGGAACUGGGCUCAGACCUGAAGAUAACACUGCUGUAGCAGGAGGCCAAGCGACUGGGCGUGUGACAGGUACCACUAAGGUAAUCCCUGGCACAACUGUUGCCCCUGGAAGUUCCAACACAGAGUCCACAACUUCCUUAGAGGAAAGUAGAACAGCAAGAAUUGGAAUAAUCACAGGAGCUACCACUGGCACAUCUGAGAGGUCAAGCCCUGAAAGUAAAACAGGUACCACUGGUGCAAUCUCUGGCACAACAGUUGCACCUGGAAGCUCUAACACAGGGGCUACGACUGCUUUGGGAAGUGGUGAAACCACCCAGGGUGGAAUUAAAAUAGUUACCAUGGUGGUGACUACUGGCACAAUGGUGGCACCUGGAAGUUCCAACACAAAGGCUACAACUCCUGCAGAAGUCAGAACAAACACUGAAGUUGGAAUAGAAACUGAAACUACCACUUCAAGACUCAACAGUGAUGCCACUGGGAGUGGAAUACAAAGAGGUACCACUAGGACAAGCGCUGGAACUACAUCCUCACCUGGAGGUUUCAAUGCAGAAGCAACAACUUUUAAAGAGCAUGUUAGAACCACUGAAACAAGAAUUUUGUCAAGGACUGGCACUGGAAUUGGAAGGCAAACAAGUACUGCUGCGGUAUCAAGCAGAGUUACUGGUGUCUCAGAAAGUUCCAGCCCAGGGACCUCCAAGGAAGUAUCUGAAGCAACUACUGGUCCCAGAAUUUCUACCACUGAAACCACUGUUGUCGCAACAGAACAAGAAAUUGAAAAUAAGACAGAAUGUUCAACAUCUCUUCCACCACCUCCAGCUUGUUAUGGUCCACUGGGAGAAAAGAAGUCACCUGGAGACACAUGGACUGCCAAUUGCCACAAAUGCACCUGUACUGAUGCAGAGACUGUAGACUGCAAACUCAAGGAGUGUCCUUCUCCACCCACAUGCAAACCUGAAGAGAGACUUGUAAAGUUCAAAGAUAAUGAUACCUGCUGUGAAAUUGGAUAUUGUGAGCCAAGAACAUGUUUAUUUAACAAUAAUGACUAUGAGGUUGGUGCUUCAUUUGCUGACCCUAACAACCCAUGUAUCACUUACUCUUGCCACAACACUGGUUUCAUCGCCGUGGUUCAAGACUGCCCCAAGCAGACCUGGUGUGCAGAAGAAGACAGAGUCUAUGAUUCAACAAAAUGUUGCUAUACAUGUAAACCUAAUUGUAGAUCUUCACCCGUGAAUGUGACUGUUAACUACAAUGGUUGCAAGAAAAAAGUUAAGAUGGCAAGAUGCACAGGGGAAUGCAAAAAAACCAUCAAGUAUGACUAUGACCUCUUUCAGUUGAAAAAUUCAUGCCUUUGCUGCCAAGAAGAAAACUAUGAGUAUAGGGAAAUUGAUCUUGACUGUCCUGAUGGUGGUACAAUACCUUAUAGGUACAGGCAUAUCAUUACAUGUUCCUGUUUAGACAUAUGCCAACAGUCUACGACUUCAACAGUCAGUUAA